CUACUACCCAGUUUAAGAGUCAACAGAUGUUUGAGAGGAAGUUGGUGAGCUGUGAGCUAGUCAACAAGAUCUAGUCAUCAGAAUUAAAUCGAUGGAUUAAACAACAUUAUAGUUUAUAAAGGUUUCCUAUGACUGCUGUCAGUCAGUUGCACCAUCUGAAAGCAACUUCUACAGCUUCCUUGAUUCUCUAAAGAACAGAAAAAUCUUGGACUGUAGCCUCUCUAAACUUUUUUAACCCAUAUACGACAAAACCUGUGGCGACAUGGAUUGGAAGACACUUGAAUCCCUCCUCAGUGGGGUAAAUAAAUACUCCACAGCUUUUGGACGGAUCUGGCUGACUCUGGUGUUCAUGUUCCGUGUCAUGGUGUUUGUGGUGGCUGCUGAGCGUGUGUGGGUCGAUGACCAAAAAGACUUUGACUGUGACACCAAAAGACCUGGCUGCCCCAAUGCCUGCUACAACUACUAUUUUCCCAUUGUACACACACGCCUCUGGGCCUUACAGCUCAUCUUUGUCACCUGCCCUUCCUUCCUGGUUGUAAUGCAUGUGUGGUACCGUGAAGAUCGUGAGCGCAAAUACCGCCUCAUGCAUGGUGACGGGGCCAAGCUCUACGACAACCCUGGGCAGAAACAUGGAGGUCUGUGGUGGACGUAUCUCAUUAGCCUGUUUGUCAAGACAGGUGUAGAGGUGGGAUUCCUCUACCUGUUGCACAUGAUCUACCACAACUUUGACAUGCCUCGCAGUGUGGUGUGUGAUGUCGAACCCUGCAGACAGGUGACAUGCUACAUAGCACGGCCUACUGAGAAAAGGGUCUUCACGUACUUCAUGGUAGGGGCCUCAGCCAUCUGCAUAAUCCUGAACGUUUCAGAGAUCUUCUACUUGAUCGCCAUGCGCUUUUUGCAUCUCACCCACAAAGGAAGCCACGUCACUAGACGCAGGAGGUGUGGAGAGACAGGAUGUGAUGAGUGUGAUAUGCCAAUGAACACGAUAGACUACAAGUUAGCUUGUCCUGAGAAGGUAGAAAAGCAAUCUUAAAAUGGCAAACUCAAGCAAAAGAUAUCACUUUAAUACAUGAAAUUGUCAUUUGAAGUUAAGUUGUUGUAUUUUCUUGCUACAAUGUUUAAAAAAAGGAAUAUUGAUUUUUAUUAUUGUGACUGUUUUGGCCAGAAUUUAAAGGAAUAGUUUAGUCAAAAUGCUAUGCUAAGUGCUAUGCUAUGAAAGUAUAAAUUAUCAUUAACUAUGAACAUUAUUAUGCCAGUGACAUCAGCUCAGCUAGAGGAAAAUGUUUUUUGUAAUAUCAUCCCUAAAAUCUGGAAGAGUGUUUCAGAAAAUUAUUAGAAACGCAGCUUUUUAAGUGCAGAUAAAAAUGUACUUAUUUAUCUGAAUCUAUUCAUAAUUCUUGGAUUUUUCUCUAAUCUUGGAAUCAUAUAGCCUAUUUUUCAUGAUUUGUAGUAGUUAUUAUAUAUUUAAAGCUAACACAUUAAUGACUAUAGAAUACUUUGUUUUAUCAUAAAUAUUUUUUGGACACAAAUGUAUUGUUAUUAUUAUUAUUAUUAUUAUUAUUAUUAUUAUUAAUUGAUCUGUUGUAUUGUUAUUGUUAUUGGCCUUCACUGUUAGCCAUACAAAGCAUCUACUUGUUUUAUAGA